AUGGACGCCUUGACAGACUUGGCGUCGUUGCGCCUCGACAGUCAGGCCAGGCUCGACAACCUGCCCAUCGGCGUCUUGCGCGCCAUCUUCCAGCAUCUCAACACGGCCCAGAGCCUGGCACGGCUGGCGAGAGCAUCAAAAGCCCUCAGAGAAAUUGUUGAGCAUCACGGAUGGAACGUCUUUGUGCGGACCCAUUUCGGAUACCUCGACCUGCCGCCUGGCAACUGGAAGACGGUCGCCAAGCCCCUGACAUGGCAGACCCGAGCGUGGGAGCGGAGGGCGCUGCUGCUAUCCUCGCUGGUAUCGUCGAAGAAGCUCGCGUCUCCGAGUAACCGAGGCCGAGGCGUGCGCGGUGGACGUGCCGCCCGCCCUGCCCAGACAUUCCCACCCAGCCUCUUCGUGGACGCCGCCUCACACAUGAAGGGCAAGAAUGAGGAGGAGCUGGUCGCCUGGGGCAUAGGCGAGGACGUGGUGGUACGCUGGCGAGAGCUGCGAUUUUCGGCACCCAAGAAGGAGAAGUGGACAAACAUUAUCGGCCAGAUGGCGGGAUUCAAGGCCGGCCAGGACGACGUCUCGGCGCUGUCUCUCGUCAAGGACGGCGAGAUGGGUAAAGCAUUGAUGAUGCUCGUUGGUAGAGCUAGCGGAUACCUGCAGCUGGUAUCAACUCACCAUACAGACACGGGGAGAACCAUUGCGUGGCUCCAGCCAGAGUCUACUGAAGACGAGCCAUCUGGCGGCCAAAACGACAUUCAGCAUAUUGCUGUCAACAUGGUCCAAUCGUCCGCCACGGUCGCCACCAAGGGCAGUGUACUAUUCUACCCGCUACCUGAACAAUGGCCUGACCCAGAUGACCUGGAGUUGGACGACAACGGGAAUCCGGCGGAACUUCUCAUUCACCCUGUUGAGAGAUAUGACAUGAAAGCGAUGGACGGGUCUGCAGCCUUUCGGCAGAUUCGUCAUGUCGGCCACAUGCACAACGGAGAUGUAGCCUUGGCACUGAGCGGCACUGCAGAGCCUUUGCGGUUCCUCUCCAGGACUCCCCCAGGAGUGGCCGUGACCAAUGCGGCGAAAAUGCAGGCCUCGUCCCGCUGCACCGACUCAUACAAUUACACCGACCGACAGCUGCAGACGUCGCGAUGCGUACUGCCUCUCGAUGCGGCCUCCGCCCCGGGCGGCUCCGGAUACACGGUUCUCAGCUCGUACGACGAUGGCACAAUCAGACUGCAAGACAUGCGCACGCCGUCUGCGAUCGACACCAUCUACCAGGACCACUUCGAGCUCACCACUCCCACCGGCCCGCUCCUCGCAGACGGCUUACAGCGGUUCAUUGCCGGAAGCGCCCGCACCUCGGUGGUCAAGAUCUUCGACUAUCGAUGGCCAAAAAGCUAUCACUACACCGACGCGAUGCCCUGCAGCCAAGAUCCACUCGGGCCGGCCCCGAAGCCGCUGACCUGGACGGCCGCGCCGCAGGGAACUCGGCGAGCACGCUGCUGCUACCUGACUGGCGCCGAGUGCGACCGCCACAUGCUGGCCAAGACGGACUUUUACCGGCCCAACUGCAACGUCUACCUUCCCAACAUUUAUCAGGACGCGUCGCCGGUAUACUCCCUAGCAAGGGCAUCGCCGACGUCGCCGAGCGUCUACGCGGGCCUGUCCGGCGAACUUGUCACCGUGAGCCUGCGCGACCAGGUGGCGGCCGAGAAGGAAGCCGUCUUCAUGCGGAGGAGGGAGAGAAAGUCGCUGGCCGGGUACUCAUACCACGAGUCGCUGACGAGCCUCGUCGAGACGGGUGACGGCAUCGCGUUGAGGGAUAUUAGCGACAGUCAGCGCGUACCGGCUGUCCGUAAGCAUGGGCGGGACCCUGCUCAGGUGGCAGCACGGGAGGAGUUCAGUCGCUUGGAUGAGUGGCUCAUGUAA